CUUUUGUUUUACCUACAGGCUUUUCGGUCAAGGGAGUCAAGUAUAGCAUCGCACUGGAAGGCGUCUUCGGAUAAUCAAGCUCGGUCCAAUCGAUUGCCCGAUGCUAUUACUCUCUCCCAUCUCUGCUAUGCUGCCAGCUUCCUGGUAUAAAGCAGUCGAAGGAAUGACAAUGAUCCUCCAGCAUUCUUUGGCGACUUCCUUGUGACCUCUUUGAAUUAUCACCAAUGCCAAACGCAGAACAGAACAGAAUGGGGUUGAAUAACCUCUUGCAACAACGAUAUGGCUCGAGCGCUGCUUCUCGCUUGCGAUGGGAAAGCGUCAAAUAUGGCAAUGAUAAUAAUCCUACUUGGACUUUCAUUGUUUAUAUUGAUGGUAUUGAGUACGGGCGAGGUUCUGGCAGUGACAAAGGGUCUGCGAAGGAGAUGGCUGCAGGAGUUGCCCUUACGCAGCUUCGAAGGCAGUGGGCUCAUCUGUUGCUCUAGCUGCUGUUGGAAACUAGGCCAAAUGGAUUAGACUCGGUCGAGCAAACAUCAAACCGAGAAGUUGCGAGCGCAUUCGGGCAACGUCCGACUCGUUUACGUCGGCCUAGAUCCACAAUAUCUCAAGUGUCAUUCCCUUCACUACGAUAAU